AUCGAGGACAUGGCUGACGACAUAGAGAAAGUGAAUGUCGACUCCUGGGACCCGCACUUUGAAAAGUUUGAGGACUGGAACCUAUGGGAAGAGGACUUAUGGGAACAGAAGCGUCAUAUCUAUACAAACACUAAAGACGAUUUGGUGACCAAUAUGUGUGUAGUUCCCGCCUAUGAUGUGGACGAGCUAUGGCUGGACGCAGAAAUUGCCGAACAUCGCGACAAAAUAUAUGAAAAUAUGAUACCACAUUACGGAGUACUUCCGAGUUUUGAUCCGCAGAGGACUUCAUUGCUCACUCGACUCUUUAGAUGGAAACUCAAACACAGAGAAUGGGAAGAGUUUAUUAUGAGACGACCUUUCUUUUGAGUCACUGCUAUAUUCAGUGCUCUUAUGAUUUAGUUAUUUAAUGUAAAAAUUAAUAGUUUAGAUGUUUAUGAAUUGAAUAAAGUUGUUAACAAAGUG